AGCCGGGCAGCCCAGAAGAUUACCCCUCUGCCCUCUCUCCCACCCACCCCACCCCACCCCCCAAAAAAAGAAGAUCCCCUCCUCUGGCCCACCCCUUCUUCCCCUUUUCCCUCUCUCCUCCCCCCGAACUUUCCCUCUCGCAUGCUGUUCCCCUGCACCACGGAUCGCCUCUCGGAUGCCGCUCGCCUGGGAGCUGCGUUAGGAGCGAGCGGCGGCGGCGGCGGCGGCGGCGGCGGCGGCUCGCGGGUGCUAUGACCGGCAAACUCGCCGAGAAGCUGCCGGUGACCAUGAGCAGUUUGCUCAACCAACUGCCUGACAACCUGUACCCCGAGGAGAUCCCCAGCGCGCUCAACCUCUUCUCCGGCAGCAGCGAUUCGGUGGCCCAUUACAAUCAGAUGGCUACAGAGAAUGUGAUGGACAUCGGCCUGACCAACGAGAAGCCCAACCCGGAACUCUCCUACUCGGGCUCCUUCCAGCCAGCUCCCGGCAACAAGACCGUGACCUACUUGGGAAAGUUCGCCUUCGACUCCCCUUCUAACUGGUGCCAGGACAACAUCAUCAGCCUCAUGAGCGCCGGCAUCUUGGGGGUGCCCCCGGCCUCAGGGGCACUCAGCACGCAGACCUCCACGGCCAGCAUGGUGCAGCCACCGCAGAGCGACGUGGAGGCCAUGUACCCGGCGCUGCCACCCUAUUCUAACUGCAGCGACCUCUACUCGGAGCCCGUGUCCUUCCACGACCCCCAGGGCAACCCCGGGCUCGCCUACUCCCCCCAGGAUUAUCAAUCGGCCAAGCCGGCCUUGGACGGCAACCUCUUCCCCAUGAUCCCCGACUACAACCUCUACCACCACCCCGGCGACAUGAGCUCCAUGCCGGAGCACAAGCCCUUCCAGGGCAUGGACCCCAUCCGCGUCAACCCGCCCCCGAUCACCCCCCUGGAGACCAUCAAGGCGUUCAAAGACAAGCAGAUCCACCCCGGCUUCGGCAGCCUGCCCCAGCCGCCGCUCACGCUCAAGCCCAUCCGGCCCCGCAAGUACCCCAACCGGCCCAGCAAGACCCCGCUCCACGAGCGGCCCCACGCGUGCCCGGCGGAGGGCUGCGACCGCCGCUUCAGCCGCUCGGACGAGCUGACGCGGCACCUGCGCAUCCACACGGGCCACAAGCCCUUCCAGUGCCGCAUCUGCAUGCGGAGCUUCAGCCGCAGCGACCACCUCACCACCCACAUCCGCACGCACACGGGCGAGAAGCCCUUCGCCUGCGAGUUCUGCGGCCGCAAGUUCGCGCGCAGCGACGAGCGCAAGCGCCACGCCAAGAUCCACCUCAAGCAGAAGGAGAAGAAGUCCGAGAAGGGGGGUGCGCCCUCGGCGUCCUCCGCGCCCCCCGUGACCCUGGCCCCUGUGGUCACCACCUGUGCCUGAGGCUCGGGGGGGGGCCCCCAGAUUUCCACAUUUCCCCUCUGCCCUCAAAGCAGCGGGAAAGCCAGCCACGGAGGCGCAGGGGCCGUGCUUUGGCCUCUCCAUGGACCUAAGGCUCCUUGUCAUUCUUCGAUGUCCCCCGCUUCCACCCUUUCACCGGCCAAGGGGGGCCAGGGCAGGAGGCGCCUUCCUCUGGCUGUCUCCCACCCCCCUUUGGCCACGGCGGUGUGGAGGGUGAGAGAGUGGCGUCUAGCCCGCUUCGUUCAGUUCGGAUCGUCUUGAUCCAGGGGCCGUGGGGGGAGGGGGCGAGAAGAGGGGGGGCCGCACCAAGGACUUGCGGGGGGGGGACUGAAGGCGGGGCCCACGCAAACCUCGCCUGACCUAAGCACCUCAAUGAUCCCCGUACGUACGUCUCCCUCGGUUCCCCCUGGAAGACCCGAGAGGGGAGAGAGGGUAAGAAGCGCACCAAAGCGCAGAGCUUGCUGCCUGCCACACGCACGCCUGCGCGUGAGGGUGCGUGCUCGCGUGAGUGUGCGUGUGUGUGUGUGUGUGUGUGUGUGUCAGACUUUUGAGCUGAACUGGGCUAUGUGCACCCCAAACUCUUCCCCACGUCGAGUCCCCAGGCCUCUGGGGGCACUGUCCCAGGCUGGGUGCCUGCACGUGGCCAGAUGAGACGGGUCUUCCAUCUGCUCAGAAAUAAUGUUUCUUACAGAAAUGCCUCGGAUGCCACCACGGAGGGCGGUGUAACUACCGCCCCUUAAGGUUUGGCCCCUCAGAACCCCACUUUUUCCGAGCACUUCCCUAUGAGGCCUCAGAGCAGUUUGAUCUGCAGGGAGAAGGAGCAGCUAUCACUGAACCUGCCUUUUUUAAAAAAAAAAAAAAUGUAUUUCCUCAGCCUCGCUUUUUAAAAAUCUAGGUCCUGAGUUUGCCCUCUGCCCUUCCCCCACCCUCUCCCCUCCAAACUUUCUCCCAUCUCUUUCAAAAUCUUUUACCAGAAAGGCAGGCCUCAACCAGCCACCUAUUUCACCAUCUUUUUGUUUUCUCUCACAUAUUCUUCUUCCCAUUGGUGGUGGGAAAGCAGGCUCAUUUUUGCCCCUGGCCACCAAUAGGUAGACCUCAAAUCUAUGUACUAGUAGAUGGUGUGUGUGUGUGUGUGUGUGUGUACACACACAUACACAUACACAUACAUAUAUAUAACAUACAAUAUGUAUUCCUAGCAAAAUAAAAUCUCUAAGGUACUUGGCUAUCCAGUGCAGUGCACUGGAAUAAAGAGAAUUUGUAGGCAUAUACAUCUUUAAAUGAUUUAUUUUUUAUGAAAAUCUUAACUGAUGAAAUACCUAUAUAUGUGUAUAUAUAUACAUAUACACACAUACACAUCUCUGUCCAAAUUUUCCUUAAAAGAGAUGGGGAUUUUUGCAUUAAUCCGUGUUGAUUAAUGAGGUGUAUCUUUUUCAUGCCCCAAUUUCACCUUCUUCCUGCCCUACCUCAACUCUUCUCAGGCACCCCUCCACCCCAGCCCUUCUCCACACUGGGGGGACUCUUUUGAAGUGUAAUAGUGGGAAGAUUGCUCUCUGACACGGCUUCCAGCACAGUCCUGACUGAAUGUACUGUUCCCUAUUCCCAUUUCUCCUGUGGUCAGUAAGCUGCCCAGAGAGAAGGAACUAAGGUCUGGAGUUUACAGAAUGUCUGUUUUUAAAGUCACUUUAUGCAUUAUCCACCUUUUUUUUUUUUUUUUUUUUUUUUUUUUUUUUUUUGUUUUUUUUUUUGGGUUUUUUUUUUUUUUUUUUUUUUUUUUUUUUUUUUGGUGGAGGAAAAAUAAUACUAAAAGGAGUCCAGUGAAGGGGGAAAUCAAAAAGCAGGGGGUGUGGAUUUCCAGGUACUUGGACUUUUCGUAGGAGAGAGAAGAGAGGAUGAAGUUUGCCAGGAGGGCUCAUAUUUUUUCAGCUGAGGGGUAAAAUCUUUCUUUGCAGAGACAGUAUUUUGCUGAAUAGUUUUUAUAAUGUGAUGAUUAUUAAAAGCAAAAUUUUUGGUCACUUCAAAGCCAGGAGGAGGAAUCAAAUAUCCUUUAAUAUUUUUUCCUUGCUCCUCCUGGCUUAUGCAUGUCACUGCAUGAUAACUCUGAGUUUUCCUUUGUUUUAAUAAAACUGUUCUCAGACAUUUAAGCUAAACUAAGAGAAAAAAAAUAACUUUGUUGCCAAAAGGUUGUGCUAUCCAGAUUUUUUAUAUGUCUGCAUGUUUUAAAAAAGAAAACAGCAAAAGAAAAUGCACUCUAACUUAUGUGAACUGAGAG